AUGCUUCGCGCCGUCGCCCUCGUCGCGUGCGUCGCCAGCACGAGCGUCCGCGCGCACGUAACCACCACGAGACAACCGCUCGCGCGUUACGCUUCGUCCGAGCGUGGAUGCACGGCGUCGAGGUCGUUCACGAAGAAAAGUGGUCACCACGUCUGUCGAGCUCGAUUGAAUUCAGUCUCUUCAUCGUCCACCGACGCGUCCGAGCGCGCGUUCGAGGUCCAUCCGGUCGCUGGUGAUGGACGGUGCUUGUUCCGUUCGUUGAGCGUGGCGCGAUCGCUUAGCAUUAGCGGCGAGCGGAUGGACGAGGCGGAUGAGUUGAGAGAGGCGGAUGAACUGCGAACGAGCGCGGUGAAUGAAUUGCUCGAGCGAAGAGACGAGACGGAGUGGUUCAUCGAGGGAGAUUUCGACGAGUACUGCGCCAAGAUGCGCGCUUCCUACGCCUGGGGCGGGGAACCGGAGAUUUUGAUGCUCACCCACGUUCUUGCGAGCCCAAUCGGGGUGUGGAUGGACUCGACUGCUGGUUUGAAGAGAAUCGCUCGAUACGGUGAAGAUGAGUACGCGAGUGAGCCGCAAUUCGACCUGGACGUUUUGUUCCACGGCGGUGGACACUACGAGGCACUCAGGGUGAUCGAAGGAGAGUGA